AUGUGAGGGGUCCUCCGGCCCACCGGUUCUCCUGUGGUCAGAGCCCGUACUCGGACUGCUGCAGCUGGGAGAGGAGGUUCUGCAUCCUGACCGACAGCCAGCUCAUCCUGCUCAACAAGAACCACGAGAGGUGUCCUCGGAGCGCUCUCCAAGAAGGCGGAGCCUGUCAGGUGUGAGCAGUUCAGAGAAGAGCUCAGUGAUCGAUAACUCCAACUCGUCUCCGUUCAAGGUGCCGGGCUUCUUCAGCAAACGCCUCAAAGGUUCCAUCAAGAGGACCAGGAGUCAGACCAAACUGGACCGGAACACCAGCUUCAGACUGCCGUCGCUGCGACCCGCCGACGCCGACAGGUAACGUACUCAGGAGGCAGUAAGUGUUUCAGCUGCACCUCAGCCUCAGAGAGAGACAAGUGGAUGGAGAACCUGAGGAGAACCAUUCAGCCCAACAAGGACAACUGCCGGCGGUCCGAGAACCUGCUGCGUCUCUGGAUCAUCGAGGCCAAAGACCUGCCCCCCAAGAAGAAGUACUUCUGCGAGCUGUGCCUGGACGACGUGCUGUACGCCCGGACCACCAGCAAGACCCGUCAGGACAGCCUGUUCUGGGGCGAGUGCUUCGACUUCAGCGGGCUGCCGGCCGUGCGCAGCCUCACCGUGCACGUGUACCGCCACGUGGACAAGAAGAAGAAGAAGGACAAGAACAACUACGUGGGCCUGGUCAACAUCCCCGUGUCGGGCGUGACGGGCCGGCAGUUCGUGGAGAAGUGGUACCCGGUCAGCACGCCCACCUCCGCCAAGUCCAAAGGAGGCGGGCCCUCCAUCCGGAUCAAGUCCCGCUUCCAGACCACCUCCAUCCUGCCCAUGGAGCAGUACAAGGAGUUCGCUGAGUUUGUCACCAACAACUACAGCAUGCUGUGCUCCGUGCUGGAGCCCGUCAUCAGCGUCAAGAACAAGGAGGAGAUGGCCUGCGCGCUGGUGCACAUCCUGCAGAGCACGGGCCGGGCCAAGGGUGAAAAUUCCUUCCUGCAGGCCACCGUAGCCAAGCUGGGCCCGCUGCCGAGGAUUCUGGGAGAUAUCUCUCGCUGUCUGGCCACGCCCACACCUGUCCAUCAGCAGCUGCGCCGUUUCCAGGACAACAGCUCCGCCCACAACAUGAGUGGCAGUGUGUCGUCAGGGCUGCAGAGGAUCUUUGAGGACCCCGCCGACAGUCGCAGUGAGGUCCGCAGCCUUCAGUCUCUGGGCAGUGACAGGAUGGAGGGCUACGUUCGGAUCCAGCGCCCCCUGCUGGCUCAGCAGCAUGGCUCCGCCCACAGGAGCUUCUCGGAUCAGGAGGAGCCAGAGGUUCUGCUGGCCAACGGGCGCAGCGUGUCUCUGGUGGACCUGCAGGACUCUCAGAGCCUCCACGGCUCCGCGGGGCCCCACGAGGCUCCGCCCCGCCUCAGCAGGGUGGGCUCCCAGACCUCCAUCGGUCAUGCCCCGCCCCCUGUAACUUACCCCCAUUCCAACCUGGUCACGCCGCAGCCGGCGCCGCACCAGGCCAAAGCCCCGCCCAGAGACGGGCAGCCGCAGAGCGCGCCGCAGAGCGCGCCGCAGACACGGCGUCCGCUCCACGCCUCGCUCAGCCAGCAGCGCAGCCUGCAGCCUCUGUCCUUCCAGAACCCCGUCUACCAGCUGAGUAACCCCGCCCACAGCCUGGCCACACGCUCCGCCCACUCGCCGCAGCGGGACUCCAGCUCCGAGAACCUGAGCACGGAGAGCUCGCAUGACAGCCACAGCCACUCUGACGAGCUGUGCAGCCGGGGCGGGGUCAGAGGUCACGCUGCGUCCAACAGCAGCCUGGACGAGGCGGGCAGCAGGCGCAGCACGCAGAGCGAGGACUGCUCCACGCCCAGACGCCACCUGCCCGCAGACUUCCCGCUGGGCGCGGCCACGGCCACGGCCGUCCCCCGUCAGAGCACGACGGCAGGCACCGCCCACAUCAUCAAGGUGGAGCAGCAGAGCAGGGCAGGGGGCGGGGCCAGGGCGCCGCGCUCGCAGCCACAGAGCGCUUCGCUUCGCAGCAGCAGCAGCGCCAACACCGAGCCCCCGCCCACAAAACGCCAGCCGUCAGUGGAGAACGUAGCUCCGCCCCCCAGGAGCAUCAGUAAGCAGUCGACGCAGGUGGCGGCGCCCGUGGAGGCGGUGGCCAUGUCUCCGGUGGAGCGCACGGCGGCGUGGGUCCUCAACAACGGGCAGUACGACGAGGAAGAGGAGGGAGGAGAGCGGAGCCGUGACGAAGGCAGGAACACUGAGAAGUACGAGCUGGAGAUCACCCGGCUGAAGGACCGCCUGCGGCUGUCCGGGCGCCGCCUGGAGGAGUACGAGCGGCGGCUGCUGGCUCAGGAGCAGCAGAUGCAGAAACUGCUGCUGGACUACAAGAACCGCCUGGAGGACAGUGAGGAGAGACUGAGGAGGCAGCAGGAGGAGAAGGAUGGUCAGAUGAAGAGCAUCAUCUGCAGGUUGAUGGCGGUGGAGGAGGAGCUAAAGCGGGACCACGCUGAGAUGCAGGCGGUGAUCGAAGCCAAGCAGAAGAUCAUCGACGCUCAGGUCAGUAACGGAUGUGAAAUAAACCCAUCAGGCAAGUACCUGUAGCCCCGCCCCCUCCUCCACCACGCUCUGCUUGAUUGAGUUCAUUAAUUUUUAAUCAAAACACCGUUAACAAAAUGCCAACACCUCUGCAGCCGGCCAAUCAGAGGGCAGUCAGUCAGGUUUUACUGCUGCCGCCCCCUGCUGGUCAGACCCUGCAGCUGCUUCAGCAGAAUUAUUACAAACUUUUUAUUUUAAUGUUUUUAAGGUGUUUUAUUUUGAAGGGCUUCAGUCUGAAACAGGUUAGACACAGUCAGGUUUUAUUUUUCUGUUUAAAAAAAUAAAAUAAAAUGUUUUCAGGAUGUUUUAUUUUGAAGGGCUUCAGUCUGAAACAGGUUAAACAUAGUCAGGUUUUAUUUUUCUGUUUAAAAAAUAAAAUGUUUUCAGGAUGUUUUAUUUUGAAGGGCUUC